AUGCUAACAUUAACCGGCUUUUUGACGUUUCUUCUACUGCUGGCUUAUUGUAGCGCUGAUGAGCCUCUCGAUGGAUUGAAAUAUGAAUACAAAGCUAUCACAUCAAAACCCUUGGAACUGGAUUGUUGCGUUCAAUCAGAAAUCGAAGCAUAUUCCAUCGAAUGGCAAAAAGUAGACGGUUCUACAUUUACAGGGAACGGUGAAAAGUAUGAGUUGAAAGAUGAAAGUAGAAGGCUGAUUGAAGAUUCUCGUACGAGCCACUCUGUGUUGCGUGAUUGUCCAGUCACGUGUUAUGGCUACGGUGUAGACAUACAAUCCAUGUUUGUGAUUCAGCUAGCAGUGAAACAUGCAGAUUUGCGCAAGAUAAAUAUUGCUGCGGACGAGCAAACUGUAUGGAACACGUUUGGAUAUUGGCUUGCUGGAAUGAAAACACAAGUUGGUUCUCUCAAAUACGUGCCUAAAUUAAUAAAACCAGUCGUGCGUGCCACUGGAACAGUUUAUGAAAAAGAUGAAGUUGUGCGAUACGGUGAAAACAUUGUUGACAAAACAUUGAAGGAAAGAACAGAUCUGGAGCAGAAGUUGAAAACCAAAGUCAAUUGGUUCGAUGCAGAAACAAUGAAUGUCGUUGUGAAUAAAUCCAUUCCAUCCAAGUCGCAGUUGGUCGUCACUUUAUUCAAUUCUGCGAAAGAAAUGGAGAGAAGAGGUAUGGUUCUCGUGCGGAACUAUCAUAACCGAGUCAGCCAAGUAAAACCUCGUGAAGCCAGUGAUUUUCGAUUUUCGGUUCAUACGUUCGAGAGAGCUCUGCUUCACAAAAUCGCGGUCAGUUCCGCACUGGUUGAACAAGUGCAGGGUUAUGAAAAUCUGUGCAGUAAAGUUACCGUAGAGUACCGAUACAAUUCAAGCGCUCUGGAGAAUGAAUGUAAAGUGCUCCAUCACCACUCCGUUGAUUCGUCCGUCACAUUACGUUUGAGGUUGAAUCAGGAGGAAGUUUUACCACAAAACCCGGUAGACUACACAAUCAAAUGGACAGAAUGA